AUUUCGCUGUUUUGUCAUAUGGAAUUCAUAUUUAGACAGUUGUGUUUACAUUGAGUGAGUGCAUGGACUUCAGUUUGCAGAAAUUUAUCAACGCAAUUGAGAAAAAGGUGCUAUGUAUUUAUCCGAAGAACUUACACACUGUACAUACUGCCUCCAACACACGGUAAAAAUUAGGAACAAAGUGUUUACCUUGUCAACGGUUUAUGAUUUUGAGGACUUUAUUCCUGGAUCGCCGUGUCAAUUUUGUUCAUGUAUGCAUGUUCUUCGGCUAAUACGUCUACCAAAUACCGUAAAACACACGCACCAAACUCUUUAAAAUACAAAUAAAGAAGAAAUAUAUGUAGUUCGCAAAGAGUCCGUAGCCCACCGCGAUAAAGAAGGAAACAAAUGGGGGAGAGAGAAAAAAGAAGAAAUUGCAAUCCCACUUUAUAAAACUAAAUUUGAAAAAUGUACAUUACAUUUUGAUAUAGUCUGAUAGUCUGCAGCACUUUUAUUAACUUGUAUCUGUACCCUUUAAUAGUCGCAGUCGUAACAACAGGACUAGUAAGUAGUGCUGGUCGUUGCAUUUACUAGUAUUACAGUCUAGCAUUAUUAUAUAGUAUUAGUGUUGUAAUGUAUCUCCCCAUUUGUUCUUACGUGACUGUAGUCCUGUCAUGUGCCACGCUGUCAAGAUAUACAGUAGGAAUAAUUUACUGCAAAGCUCUUACCUCCUCGUUCCUCCUCUCUUGCUCCUAAUCCCUCCCACUCGCCCUCCUCUGUCUGACUCUUUCGCAGUCUUCUUCUAUCAGUUGAGGCACUUUUCAUUAAGUCUGCUAAAUUUUUGCUUUUUGCGUCCAGUACUUUUCAAGGCCGGGUGGGUAGUAUAGCGCCUAAUCCAGUUUUUACCAUCGACUAAAAAACUGACUCCUCCUCGAAGUCCCUCACUUCGCUGGUCAGGGACAGGACACAGGAAGCUACCCUGUCAGGGAACUUUUUCGUUCUCCAGGCGAAGCCACACGCUUGGCCGCCUUCAGCGGCAGUUACACAAGAAAGGAUUUUGCUAAAAAAAAAUACUGAGAGCUCGAUUAAGGAAAGGGGGUUUGCCCUCCGGGUUUUCAUUUUUUCCUUGUUGCUCUGCAGUUUUGUUUCGACGGUGAUUUCAUGGUGCUUUAACAAAUAUUUAUUUGUAAAUACUAAGUUGAUAUUGGACAGAAUUUAUACUGAAAUCGACCGAUAUAGAAGAGAACUAAGAAUAUACAUUUUGCAUAUGUUUUGAAAAUUCUAGGCUACACAUAUGCCAAUGUGGGGAAUACCCAAAACACGAUAUGCGGAUUGCAACGGCUCGGAGGCGAGUGAGGAGCCCGAGAUCGUGGUCAAUGUCGGAGGAGUGAAACAGGUGCUGCCCGGGGACGUGCUGAACCGCUAUCCGGAGACGCGGCUGGCAGAGCUGAUAAAUAAUACCUCGGAAAGUUUCGACACUAUUUUGUCCCUUUGUGACGACUACGACCCUGGGAAAGGAGAGUUUUAUUUUGAUAGGGACCCAGACGCUUUUAAAUGUAUUGUCGAAGUUUAUUACUAUGGUGAGAUCCACAUGAAACGGGGCAUCUGCCCCAUUUGUUUCCUUAAGGAAAUGGAGUUCUGGAAAAUCGACCCAGAUUUCUUAGACGAGUGCUGUAAAAGCAGUCUGAACGAGGUGGAGGAAGAGCUGUCGGAGAUCGCGGACAAAGUGAAGCUGAUCCUUGACGACCUGGAAGGGGAUCCUGGCGCCAGCCGCUGGCAAAGGUGUCAGGUGUUGUUGUGGAAGCUGAUGGAGAAGCCAGAGUCCUCGCUGUCAGCGCGCGUAAUCGCGAUCGUGUCUUUUCUCUUCAUCCUCAUCUCCUCCGUGGUGAUGUGUGUGGGGACCAUCCCCGAUCUACAGGUGGAAGAUGCCGAGGGAAACCCUGUGGAGCACCCGACCCUAGAGGCCAUCGAGACCGCCUGCAUCGGCUGGUUCACAAUUGAGUAUAUGCUGCGCUUAAUCUCCUCCCCAAACAAAGUGCACUUCAUGCUGUCUUUCAUGAACAUCAUCGACUUCCUGGCCAUCAUGCCCUUUUACGUGGUUCUGACCUUGACCUACCUGGGCACAGCAGUGAUGGAGCUGUCCAACGUGCAGCAGGCGGUACAGGCGCUGCGCAUAAUGCGCAUUGCAAGAAUCUUCAAGCUGGCGCGUCACUCCUCAGGGCUGCAGACCCUCACCUACGCGCUGAAAAGGAGCUUCAAGGAGCUGGGGCUUUUGCUCAUGUACAUGGGCGUGGGAAUCUUCCUGUUCUCGGCGCUAGGCUACACCAUAGAGCAGAGCCACCCGGAAACCAUGUUCAAGAGUAUUCCUCAGUCCUUCUGGUGGGCGAUUAUCACCAUGACAACUGUGGGGUACGGAGACAUCUACCCCAAGACCACCCUGGGCCGAUGCAACGCUGCCGUUAGCUUCCUGUGUGGGGUGAUCGCCAUCGCGCUGCCGAUCCACCCUAUCAUCAACAACUUCGUCAUCUUCUACAACAAGCAGAGGGUGCUUGAGACCGCUGCCAAGCAUGAGCUGGAGCUGAUGGCGCUGCGCUCGGGCGCGGGCGCGGGCGGCCCGGGAAAGGCGCAUCACAGGUCACUGAAGUCAUACUCUGCGGCAGGACUGUGGGACAGCACCAUGCGCACCUCACAGAGCGACACUUACAUCCCGCUGCUGGAGGACUCACACAGAAAUAUAAUGCACAGCAGUAAAAAUAAAGAUCAUUAGACUCCAUUUUCCACUGUUAAUCGCUGUGCGAUUUAAACACACGUCCUACUGUACAGUAUACGCUGCAUCCGCACCUCUAGGUUAUUUUUCACAUUCUAAUAAUUUUUACGACUGCGGUCUCCUCUAGUGAAGAAUCCAGCCAAGACUCGUUCCCCUAUUUAAAACAUAUCCGUGAUCUAAUGUUUGAGAAAAUGAUUACCUUGUAAUUUAUUUUAUUAGUUAAAUGAUUUAUUAUCAAGAACCUUUGCAUGAGAAAGAGAAUUUUUCGUUGGAAGGAAGAAAACUUGUCCAGGUGAGGAUAAACUUCACUGCCGAGUCUUUUCACCUUUAGUUAAAUAUCGAAUUGUAUUUAAUGUAUUACCGACCAAUGAAAAGAUCUUGCUCUUGUUGGUAAUACUGUUACUGUGUGUCAAAGCAAUAUGUAAAAGUUUACUCUCAGCAAUAACCUAUAUAUUGAAUUUAAGUUAUCGAAUUAGUUCGUUUGGCUUUAUGCGUGAAUUUGGACAUUAUGUUUUAAACUUGCUGAGUAGACGGAGGCUUGUGCACCCUCCUGUACGCAUCGUAUAAGGCCAUUCUUUUGCAACCGA